CUCACUUUCAGUUUCCUACCAUACGCAGCAUCCAUCCAUCCAUCCUCGUCGUUAUCACCCUGUGACCGCCGCCCACGCCAUCACCACUACCUACCUUGCACAGCUUCGUAGUAGUCGUCAACAACCUUGUAUUCGAUUAGCGCAGACGGAAGCAAAAGCACAAGUCACCUCCAUCUUACGUCGCCGCCCAAAGCGCUCCCAGCACCUCGAAGCCUUCUCCCUACUCCAAACCUGAUCGAGCUCCUCACAGCACGCUAAGAUGGACUUCUGCUUUUUCAUCCCCGUUAUUUUUGGCUGCCCAAACAAGAUCAAGCAGGACGACGACCACACACCAUACCUCUGCCCAAAAUGUCACAAUCCACAAUUGGUCAAGGCGCGGUCUCGUACUUGGUUUGAGCUUUGCUGGAUACCACUGAUCCCAAUGAAGAAGCACGCCAUUUACAUCUGUGGGAUCUGUCAAUUCCGAGCAGACCAGGACAAAUUGUAAGUACCACGA